AUGAUGGACAUUAAUGGGACAUUGCUCGAGGCCUGUGUCCACCCAUUUUUUGAUCAACUCCGUUAUCCUAAUGCUCGUCUCCCUAAUGGGCACCCUUUGCCAACUCUAUUCAACUUCAAGCCUCAAGAGCUGAAGGGAGCAACUUUUGAGCUUCUGUCUAGACUGAUACCUGAGCAUGCCCGAAAGCAAUGUGCCUUUCUAGGUAUCUAG